UAUGAUAAUGACAGCAAGUAUCGACCCCCAAAGAUUACACCUGCAUCAAUGGAUGAAAGCACGACUUCAAAGCAUGAGAGAAAUGCAUCAAGGAAAGAGAAACAAGCGUUCCGGCAAGCUCUGCAUAGCGAGUACGCUAGAUAUUUAAUGAAUGAUCUCGAGGGAAGCCCUGAGGAAGUGAGGGAGGUAAUCGGGACUGAAGAUAGAGAUGUGACCAAAUACAGGGCGAAAAUGGAAGAACGAGCAAGGAGAGAAGAGGCGCUCUUCACCCGAGCGCCUCUUACAAGAAUGGAUAAAAAGCGGUUGAAACACGUGUGCGAAUCAAGUAACGGGUCAGCCUCUUUUUUCCUUUUGUAA